AACGGUAACCAAACAUUCCUGUUGCAAUCGCCCUCAGAGCAGGAUUAUACAGUCACAUCAGUUCACAGGACAUUACUUCCCAAAUAGGAUACAGGAAUUCAAAUCAACAAACAUGUUCACCAAGUCCAUCCUGUGCUUCUCCUUGGUGGUGGCCCUCUUUGCUGUCUGCCACACCAGUCCCGUCCCCGAUGACAAUGGCAAGUAUACGGUUUCACCACAUAAUUCUAACGACGGCCGUUAUCGCGCCCAAGACGAUGGACGUUACCAUGCCAGUUCCCAGAACGAAGGCCGGAGUGGUGCACAGGAUGGUUUAGGUCGCUAUCACCACAUGCCCCAGCCCUACCAGCAUGUAAGCGAUCAUCGCGAACUGGGAAUUUACCAUCACAUACCAUAUCCCUAUGAUGGUGGUUAUGGACCGUAUGCUGGCCUCAAUAUUCCCUAUGUCCACGAUGCCAGGCCCUACAACCACGACCUGUACACAUCCACGACCACGAAGAAACCAACUACAACCACCAAGAGGACGACGACCACCACCACCACGACCACCACUACGCCCAGGAGUAUCCUGUUCAAUUACGACGAUGAGGGUCGCCACAAGAUCCUGCACCAGGAGGAGAUUCGGAAGAAGGACAAAUACGAUCAUGCUUUCCUGACUGAGAACGGCAUCUAUGGCGAGGAACAGGCCAAGCUCCACCACAAUGGUGGAACCCACGCAAAGGGCUUGUAUGAGUACACUGGCGACGACGGCAAGCUAUACCGCGUGAACUACCACUCCAACGACGGCGGCUUUAUGCCCGAGGGCGAGCACAUCCCCACUCCGCCCCCAAUUCCCGAGGCCAUCGCUCGCGCCCUCAAGUACGUGGAGGAGCAGCAUAAGGCACAAGGUGGAGCUCAGUUCGACCACCGAGGUUUUCGCAUUAACCACAUGACCAAGGAAAUUAAGGCGCAGAUCAAGUCCAUGCACACAAAGAAGCUGUCCAAGGAGCUGACAGAGCAGAUCCGAAUGCUGGAACACGAGAUGGAGUUGGCCGAGGAGGAGGAGCGCGAGGAGCAGAAGCGCGAGCGCGAGCAGAUGGCGGCACUGAAACACUAAGAUACAGUAUCCAGUGCAGUGCCCCUCCUCAUCCAUAGCCACAAGUCCCACUAACCCCUGAAGAGUUCCCAAAAAACACGUCCUAGUCCACUUAGAACCCAAAAACCCAACUCCAUUCCCCCCCAACCCCCCGCAUUUGCCGAGUGAACAUUCCAGGCAAAAACUAUAACAAGCUAUCGCAAAACCACAAAAAAAAGGAUCCACUAAAAAAUUUAUGAAAUUGUGAAAAAUUCAAGUGGCAGCCGGAAAAUGUUCGUAUUUAUGUUAUUUCGUGUUUAUUCGUAUCCGACGAACCUUUCGAAUUUGUUGCUAUGCAUAAGAUAAUAAGUAUGUUAUGUGGUUUAUACGCAAUAAAGCCCACUAAAUAUUUUGUUAUAAA